AUGGAAUCGCAAGGACUCAACGCCCACUCAUCAUCAGACGCCCAGUCACCAUGGCAGCAAAAGGUCCAAGUGACGGCCUACGGCUUCGACGAGGCCUAUCCCAAGGUCUGGCUCAUCUUUGAAGCUCUCUGUCUUGUUGCGCUGCUGGGGUUUUUUGUAUGGUCGUGCUUCAUCCGACAACCACGGGGUGAUCCGAAGAAACCCCUGCCUAUAAAGGCAGUUAUCGCCGCGAGAAUGAUGAACAUCAUAACUCUCUUCCUGGGCAUUUUCAAAGCCACCGUCCAGCAGAGCUACGUCGUUGUGUCCAUGCUCAACCAGAUCUUCUAUCUCAUUGCCGUCAUGCUGGGCUUCUACAUCUUCUGGAAGCUUAUCCAGAAGCUACUCGAGCGACUGGCAGAGGAAAAACCCAGUAAGGCCUUUGCCCUCGUGGCUAUUACCCACUGGAUCUUAUUGGGCAUGUUGUCCGCGCUCUCUGCUGCCGAAUGUGCACUCUACAUUGCCUUUAUCACCAAGGGUAUCAACGUGGGUGAAGGGUAUAUGAAGCUGGCAUAUGAGUAUAACAAGGUCUCUGCGGCUCUGAGUAUUUUGUGCUGGAUUGCUUCGAUGGAAGUUCUUGGGUGGAUCAUUUUUAUUUUCGUCAGCGCAGCACCUGACCGGAGGGCCGGACUCGCCCCUUUAUCCGUGGGAAGCUUCUUCUUCUUCCUCAUUAACUUCAUCCUUGCCAUCCUCCAAAUAAUCUACGUCCUUGAGCAAAAUAUGGCCCCGGAAUACCUCGACGCCGCCAGAACAAUCAUCGAGUUCUUCUGCACCAUGGGCAUCUACACCGGUGUCCUUCUGUGUUUCCGGAAGUGGCACCAUGUGCACAUCAGUCCGCCGCAGAAGAUCCUGGAAGCAGGUGGAGAUGAGAGAGAGGUCAGCGAGGAGGACUGUAAUUCUUCGCUGCGGUCGUAUCAUAGUAUGGUGUACUCACAGCAGCAGGAGCAGCUGAGGUAUUCGUUUCCUCAGGGUGCGGCAUCGGCGCAGCAGGUGCAUAUGUAUAUGCCACGGUGA